AUGUCGACUACCCCCACAGCCCCGGCACAGGCCACAGCCCGCUUCUCGCAGGGCUCCGACGAGGCCUCGCUGUCCGCGACGCUGGAGACACUGCUGGGCGCCGGCCGCUGGGCGCUGGUGAACGACGGGGAGGCCGUGGAGAGGAGCUUCAAGUUCAAGAACUUUGCAAAGACGUGGGACUUCAUGACGGCCGUAAGCCUGCAGUGCAAAAUCCACAACCACCACCCCGAGUGGUCCAACGUCUACAACACAACUUUCAUCCGCUGGACGACGCACAACCCAAAGGGCUUGUCGGGCAAGGACCUCAAGCUCGCUAUGAUCUGCGACGCCCUGGCCAGGGACUUCGGCGAGGUCGAGGUGCCGCCGGCCGCCGGCGUCGAGGGCGACGGCGAGGCCACCAUCAGCUGCGGCAUCAGGGGCCUGGCCGAUAAAGCCGCGGGGACGGCAGGAGACUGCUGCACGCCCAAGAAGUGA